AUGGAACAACGCCAGAAGCGCCACUGUUGGGAGUGUCGCCGCCGGUGUCUGGUCUGUGAUUUCGCACUACCCGGUUACAAACGAUGUUCUUCGUCCGGCGUCGAAUGUCCAGGGUACGGCAAUGUAAAACCUACGAGAUUCAAAUGGCUCGCGCCCGGGAGAGUCAACUCCCGAAGUCGGAGGCAAAAGGGGGCCUCGCUUGGCAAUGUCGGGGAAGAUGACGGCGGGAGGAGGAUUGGUGCCGCGACGCCUCAAGCCUUCGCGAUGAUAAAUACCCGCUUACGUGUCCCAAGAUUCGUAACGAAGACCAGAUCCUGCGUUCUAAUCCAGGCCGCAGGGUACUUUAACUCUUGUAUCUACCGAGAUCUGAUCCCACUGCACGAGCUCGGGCAGAACCCUCACAUAUACCCGAUCACAGCCAAACUCAUGCAGGCCGCAACGAUAUGUCCCGAUUACCUGGCUUAUGGCAUGGUCUGUAUGACCUUAAGCCACAGGAUUAACCAAACGAGGAGCGAUCCAAACGUAAAGGUCUUAACGGAGAGGUUCUUUUCGUACUGGGGCCUCGCUCUACGCUCUCUCAACGAGCACCUUGGCUCGGAAGAUACGCGUACGGGCGACAUGGUCAUUGCCGGAAUGUUGACGCUAUUGUUCGUUGACAUCCAACAAGGCGUUUCGCUCAGCUGGCGGUGCCAUCUAGACGGACUUCACAAGUUAAUCAUGUUACGGGGCGGCCUCUGUGCGCUGGCUGAAUCCAAAAGUUUAGAGCCCCUGCUGCUUUGCUUCUGGUUUGUUGCAGUAAUAGGGAACACGACGUGUCCUGCACCAGACCUUUCCAUGACCGGAUGGCAACUCGAUAUGGUGGAAUUCGUAUUAGAGAAACCCGAGACGGUCGUCUCCCUUCUCCUGAUUUGCCCUUCGCCCUUAUUUGUCGAGAUCAUCAGAAUCAACCACCUCCGGGCACGAGCUACGAGAUGUGAUACCGCCACCGUAGCCAAGCAGCUCACGCAAGAAGCUUAUGAGAUACUAGGACGCGUGUGUGGCUUUUCGCCAGAUCGAUGGGCCGACUCUAAGCUGAUAUCGAGAAAAGAAUGGUUGCUAAUCGGCAACGUGUACCAAGCAACUAUAGCAUUAUACUGCCUCUUAUCCCUACAAAGCCUAUCAGUUCUUCCCAACACGCCAACAGCCAGGGCCCUUUGCGCCACCCACGGCCAGGCCUUUCAUGAGCUGCUACACACCGGUCUCUCAUCGCUGAAAAUGAGGCGAUUCCUGAUCUGGCCACUGACCGUGCUAGGCGUGGAGGCCAUUCAUAGCGGUGCGGCGGUGCAAGCUUUCAUAGCGAAGCAGCUGUCGGGGAUGAGCCACGAUGUCGGCGUGCACGCGCCACUAGCGGCGAGACGUGUCCUCGAGUUAUUUUGGGGAUCGGGCGAGACGUGUUGGGACGCUUGCUUCGAUAGGCUCUACUCUUUCACGACACAGAUCGCUGUCGAUACUAGCCGCUUAUAUUCCACAGCCGCGUGAGGCUGUACUAAUCAAAGAAAGUAGCAAUUGGCAUUUCGAAGUAUCAGCAUAUGAAGUUUCUGAUAGACGGCCAUGACCGAGCUCCGACUACCCAUUUCCCAAUGUCGAAGCUGCCACGAUGUUGUAUAUGCAGGGGAUCGAGUGCGCAUCACUCGCGCAUCGCAUACGAGGCUUGAUAUGGCGCGUGUGGACACACACUGGUGUUUAUCCGAGUGCGUCUUACGAAAUAAUCUACUAUGCUACCUCGGUGCGCUUAAUGAAGAGGACGACGAUGGCUUCCAGGCCUCGGAUAAUUUUGGUGAGGUAAGUUAAGCUGGAUACCCCUCUAUGGGCCACCCCUUCACGGACCGGGCUUUUUGUAUGUUUACAUGCAAACGACUUUCCCCAUGAACGUAG